GAGUCUGUGGGUGGAAACACACAAACGCAGAUUAGAGCACACGUGGAAAAUGACUGAACGUCUAUGAGGCUGUCAUAUUCAUUGUCAUCGCAUUCACAUGAAUGAAUGAACGUAUGGACGCUGUCUAAUGAGGGGAACGGUCCCGCUGCGUUCACUGCUGCUCAGUGUGCACUAAAACCGGUGUUUGUACAUGAUUAUUGAUGUCAGAGCGUCACGUGGACGCGCUCUCGUUCUAGUGCGCGUCCACGGGGACGUCUGGUUUCCAAUACGCAGGAAUGGGCUAAUCCCACCGCGUGCGUAAAGCGAGCUCGUGCCAAAAGCGCGGCUCAAAACCGAGCCGCCGUCUGUCUCACAGACACUUUGUUCCGACGAGCCCACGGCGACGCAUCGCUCUUUACGCACAGCGCGACGGCGGAGCGCGAGCCGCUCUUCAUCACUGCACGCGGACUUGACGCACCGCACGCGCCUGCUUCCACUUCCACGCCGUUUGUUGUGGAGCCGCACGUUUUCCGACCUGUAGAGUUCCUUUUUCACUCGCUUUCGCCGCGCGUAAAAUCUCCUUUGGCGCCGUCGGACGCGUCGAACAUGGGGAACUUCACGGAACCGUCAGAGAAGCACACUUUGGGGACGUGGACCGACUACAGCGUCCAGUACAAAGUGCUGAGCAGCCUGUUGCUGCUCGUGAUCUGCGCGUUCGGCAUCGUGGGCAACGUGAUGGUGAUCCUGGUGGUGCUCACCACCAAACACAUGCGCACGCCCACCAACUGCUACCUGGUGAGUCUGGCCGUGGCGGACCUCAUGGUGCUCACGGCCGCCGGGUUGCCGGCCGUCGCCGACAGCAUCUUCAGGUCGUGGGUGUUCGGCCACUACGGCUGCCUCAGCAUCACCUACUUCCAGUACCUCGGCAUCAACGCGUCCUCCUGCUCCAUCACCGCCUUCACCAUAGAGCGCUACAUCGCCAUCUGCCACCCGAUUAAAGCGCAGUUUCUCUGCACUUUAUCCAGAGCCAAGAAGAUCAUAGUGUUGGUGUGGGCCUUCACGUCGCUCUACUGCGUGAUGUGGUUCUACCUGUCGGACAUCCAGACGCUGGAGUACGACAACAUCACCAUCACCACCUGCGCCUACCGGGUCCCCAGGAAGUAUUACCUGCCCAUCUACUUCUUCGACUUCGGCGUCUUCUUCGUGCUGCCGCUGCUGCUCUCCGCCGUGAUGUACGGGCUGAUCGCGCGCAUCCUCUUCCUCAACCCGCUGCCGUCCGACCCCAAAGACAAGAAGAAGAACGGCCACGCGCCGGGCAAAGUCAGCAGCUGCAAGAACUCGCGUCACUCCAGCUCCACGGCCACGUCCCGCAGACAGGUGACCAAGAUGCUGGCGGUGGUGGUGGUGCUGUUCGCGGCGCUGUGGACGCCCUACCGCACGCUGGUGGUGGUCAACUCCUUCCUGGCCGAGCCCUACCUGGACCGCUGGUUCCUGCUCUUCUGCCGGACCUGCAUCUACCUCAACAGCGCCGUCAACCCGCUCAUCUACAACGCCAUGUCGCAGAAGUUCCGCGCCGCCUUCCGCAAGAUCUGCGGCUGCGGGCGCGGGCGCGGGCGCGCGGACCGGCCGGCCGCCUACAGCGUGGCGCUCGCCUACAGCGCCGCCAAGGACGCCUCCGUCGCCGAGAGCGCCGAGCACUUCACCACGGAGCUGGAGGAGCUCACCGUCACCGACGAGCUGCUGUCCGAGCAGAAGGCCAUGUUCUCAGAGGCCUGUGGCUACGCGAGGGGCGGCUUCAGCGAUGCCUGAGGUCAGAGGUCAGAGGGCGGGGACGCGAGGCUGAUGGAGUCUGUUAGUGGGUUCAUGGAAAACGACUGAACGUCACACAGCUCCAUCCAGAACGUAGGCCGCGAACAGAACCGCCAUCACCAGGUCCGGCUGGCGCGUAGACGGACCCGGACUCGGACCCGGACCCGGACCCGGACCCGGACCCGGACCCGGACUCGGACCCGGACUCGGACCUGACCCGACGCGUCCACGCUCCGGCUCCACAAACCAAAGACUCAGCAGCUCGUCAGUGUUGGGAUUUAUAGCUUUCUUUCGAUCUCAUCGUCAUUUUCUCUUCAGAGGUUUCGUGUUUUCACACACGACCCGGUCCCCGUGCGGCUUUAGCAGCUGGACGCUGCCCCCCCCCCCCCCCCGUUCUCAGGGCAGAUGGUCCAUUAAAGCGUGACUCACACCUGAACCUUCACUCACAAAGCAGCUCCUAUUUUUACUGUGAAGGACGUUAUCGCGGCCUCGAGCGCAUUGUCCACGGCGCCGACGCUGCAGACGCUGCAGACGCUGCAGGCGCUGCAGCGUCUGCAGCGUCUGCAGGCGCUGCAGACGCUGCAGACGCUGCAGACGCUGCAGACGCUGCUGAGGCUGCGUGUGGUUCUGAGUGAGGAGGACACAACGCUGAGCUCCAGGCUUUAAUAUUUACAGUCCUGACUCCACGCAGGCGUAUUUCACCAGAGGUUUAUAAGAUGUCACCCACACACUUACAUGUUGAUUUGGGCCUCAUGCUACAGUGGACCCCCCACUGUGGGUCCAACACACACCCUGUGAAGGCUUGUACAUAGUUGUGCAGGUUUACCGUCAGUGUUGAGGUGUGUGUUUAGUGUCAUGUGACCUCGUGGAAGCUGUUCAUGCUGAUGUGACGUCAGCUUUAUUACUCUGAUGCUUCGCUGCGUUUGCUUUAGUCGCCUCAGACUCGCACUCAUGCAGCCGUGCGGUAACGUGUACACGGUGACUGUUGGUCACAGACGUCUAACUUAUACUGUGUGAUGUGCUGUCGCUGCAGCUUUUGUGUUGCUUUGUUACCCAGUGAAUCUGUUGACAUUUAUCUAUUAACUUUAAAUUUGUACAUUUGAUCUUAUUGAAAAUAAAAGUUGACUCUGUAUUCAAA